AUGACGUCUGCGCAAGAUAUCAGUGUGCUCAAAAAGCAUAGAGCGAUCGUCAAAGACGCGUGCACGCGGAUUCACACAUACAUCGACGCGAUUUCUUUUGCCACUCCGGCUAUUGCUGCUCAGCUUGAGGAACGUAGAAUCAAGUUAGACGAAUAUUGGUCACAAUAUAACGCAAUACAAGCGGAGAUAGAAUUACUUGACGAAAAUGAGGGCAAUGAUCGGAUCGGCUUCGAGGAAGCUGUCAGAUUGCCCAAGUUGAAUCAUCCAACGUUUUCCGGCAAAUACGAUGAAUGGUUCCCAUUCUACGAUUCAUUCAAUUCAAUUACACAUUCAAACGCGUCAAUCAGUGACGUACAAAAAUUACAAUACUUAAAGUCUACACUUACCGGUGACGCGAGUGGCGUAAUCAGUGCAUUGGAAAUUUCCGCCGCAAAUUAUCAAAUAGCAUGGGAUAUUUUAAAGGAACGUUAUGAUAACAGACGAAUGAUCGUUCACACACACAUUAAAGCAAUAUUAGAUUUACCCUCGCUCACCAAGGAAGAUUCAACCGAGCUGCGUCGAAUCUUGCGGACGGGGCAAUCCGACAUGUACAAGCUCUCAAGGCAGUUAAAUGUCCCACGGCGCACUGGGACGAUCUGUACUGAAACUCCCACAUUUAAACAAUUUAACGAUUUUAUUUCUCAACAUUGUUUGGUGUUAGAGACCACAAACAAGAUCAGUCUCGCUUCCAAGGACACUAACAAAAAUUCACAAACCAACGCAAAACGACAAUCCACAUGUGCAGCAACAGUCAAAUCCAAGUGCAACUGUUGCAAGGGCGAGCAUCCCAUGUAUUACUGCAAGGAGUUUUUGGCACUGCCAAUCAAGCAAAGGGCGGUAGAGGUACGCAAUCGUAAACUUUGUGUCAACUGUCUCCGCUCUCCGAUGCAUUCAUUGGACAAAUGCACAUCUAGAGGUUGCAAAAUUUGCAACGUCAAACACAAUACGUUGUUGCAUACGAGCACCAGCUCGGCGGAGGAUCACUCCGGCACUUCCGGCACAGGGGAAUCAAGCAUACAAAAUUCCACGACAGCCGUGACGACACAUUCGUCGAACAUUCAAGGCAAAGAUCACAUCAUGCUUUCCACAGCUGUGGUCAAUGUCGUUGCCUCCGAUGGCAUAUCACAUUCAUGUCGAGCUUUGCUAGAUUCUGGAUCUCAAGCAAGUUUCAUUUCUAGACAACUCGCCGCAACUCUUGGUUUACAGCUACGCCCGCUAAACGUCACAGUAUCUGGUGUCAACAGUACCUCAUCAAGGCGACCAAGGACGAUAGACUGCAUAGUAACAGAGCGGAUAAACGAGAAGCUUCCACUGACUACUUCAAGGCGUGGAGACUACAACAUUCCUCGAAAUCUCAAGCUAGCGGACCCCCAUUUCAACGUUUCCUCCAAGGUCGACAUUUUGAUCGGAGCAGAAAUAUUUUGGGACAUCACAGCGGCGCCUGCAGAAAACGUGCGAGUAUUCACCACAGUCAUAUCCAAUGCUCAACUGCACGAUCAACUAACACGGUUCUGGCAAAUUGAACAUCUCGGCAAUCAAUUCGUGAACAACAAGGACGAUGCUUACUGCGAGGAGCAUUUCGAAGCUAACGUUGGCCAGAACGAACAGGGCAGAUACAUAGUAAAACUUCCAAUCAAGGAAGAAUUAAUCGGCAACCUUGGCAGCACAAGGGACAUCGCAUUGCGACGCUUACAAGGAACAGAGCGUCGGUUCAUACGAGAUCCCAACUUAAGGGACCAAUAUGUCCACUUCAUGGACGAAUAUUUGAAACUAGUAGCGUUUUCCACUGGGAAAACUGGUGCAACACUGCACGGCGCUAGUGCUGCACCAGUUUUCCCAGUGGAAAACGCUAUAGGACACAUGAAGGAAGUCAGCGUGUCUCCACUUGAGGAUACAGCACUUUCUACUUGCCUCAUCAUGGCGUCUUCAAGGGCGCUAAACAGUCAUCCAAGAUUCGUGUCGUUUUCGACGCUUCAAAUGCUUAUACACCCUUUGCAAACAUCUCUUCAAAGAAUUUUGUGGCGCAGCGACUCCAAGGCGGACAUCAAGACAUACGAACUGAUGACAGUGACCUAUGGCACGUCAUCGGCUUCUUUUCUCACAACCAGAUCAGCGUGUAUAAGGCGCGACUUCUAUAUCGACGAUCUACUAACCGGUGCAGACACCAUCCAAGAAGCGGAGACUCUUCGAGAUGAAGCGAUCGAACUACUGAGGCUAGGCGCAUUUGAGCUUGGAAAAUGGGCUUCCAACACCCCAGAAUUGCUGGACGCAACACCCAAUAGAAAUGACAAACCCGUUGUCAUCGACGACGACGAAAGCGCUCACAUCUUGGGGAUCAAAUGGAACGCCAACACAGACACGUUACAUUUUUCAUACGACCAUUUGACGGAGCUCAACCGACUAGCGAUUCCCAGACGUGUCAAAUACAGCAUUGAACGUCAACAUAUACAAAUACAUGGCUUCUGUAAUGCCAGUCAAAAUGCAUAUGGAGCCUGCGUGUACAUACGGACUGAGCUCGAUGCGAACAAGUAUCGUUCAGAACUUCUUUGCUCCAAAUCAAGAAUUGCGCCGUUGAAGGCUGUAUCAUUGCCAAGGCUGGAACUAUCUGCAGCGCUUCUACUGGCACGGCUGAUGGACAAGGUUCGAUUGUCAAUAGAUACGUCUGACAUCAAGGUGUAUCUAUGGUCGGAUUCAACAAUUACAUUGAGCUGGAUAUCCUCAGAAUCACGCAUGUUUUCAGUUUUCGUCGCAAACCGCAUAGGAGAAAUACAACGGUUGACUCAAGCGACGGAUUGGCGACACGUACCGUCCGGUCAAAAUCCAGCCGACUUACUUUCACGAGGUUCAAAUCCAAGCGAUUUAAUUCAUGCAACCACUUGGUGGAAGGGUCCCGACUUUCUGCAACACAAUGAGAAUUUCUGGCCCGCCAAUAAAUUUCUACGUCAGGAGGACACCUCCGAACUUCGAAAAAUAUACGUUAACAUUACAGUCGUUGACACCAGUGUCAUAGAAGACAUACUCAACAAUCAUUCAAACCUUGACAGAGCCUGUCGUGUUGUGGCAUAUUGCUUGAGGUUCUUACGAAGACCUGCGGGCAUAACAACACAUUUUGUCUCUCACGAAGAAACCGCGGCAGCAUUGCAACUAAUGUGCAAGGUUGUGCAACAGCUUUCAUUUCCCGAGGAGUACAAGGCCUUGAGCAGCAACAAGAGCCUCAGUACAUCCAGUGGGAUUUUGACACUCAAUCCAUUUCUCGACGAUGGAUUAAUUAAAGUUGGAGGUCGAUUAAAACAUUCAAAUCUAACACAGGACGCGCGUCACCCGGUGCUGCUACCGAAAAAUCACGAACUAUCAAGACGAAUCAUCACGCAAGCGCAUGUACGUAGCUUACAUGCCGGCACCCAGGCUACGAUGGCCGCCGUCCGACAGCAAUUUUGGCCUUUAGCAUUGCGAUCUCUAACACGAAAAAUCAUUUUAAAGUGCGUUAAAUGUUUUAAGGUUAAGCCUGUUCAUUCAGAAAGCAUUAUGAGCUCCUUACCCCCUAGUCGCAUCACUGUUUCCCGACCAUUCUCGUAUUGCGGCGUGGAUUACGCCGGUCCGUUAACUCUGCGAGAGGGAAAACGUAGAAACGCGCAUACUCACAAAGCAUACAUCGCCAUGUUCGUAUGCUUCGCUACCAAAGCGGUACACAUAGAACUAGUCAGUGAUUUAACCACCGACACGUUUUUAGCAGCCUUCAAAAGGUUUAUAUCGCGCAGAGGAAAGCCUUCCCACAUGUGGUCAGACAAUGGCACUACUUUCGUAGGUUCCCGUCAUCGUUUGCGCGAAUUCUCUAAUUUUCUUGAAAAAGAGUGCAUACAAAAUGAAAUCCAGUUAUUUUUGCGCGAACAGCGAAUAACAUGGAACUUCAUACCACCCAACUCUCCACAUUGUGGAGGACUCUGGGAAGCCGCGAUAAAGUCUGCAAAAUUCCACUUAUAUCGUAUAAUCGGCAAUGCUCACCUAACUUUCGAAGAGAUGCAGACUAUUUUAUGCGAUAUAGAAGCGAUAUUAAAUUCACGGCCCAUCGCUCCAUUGAGCGAAGACCCCAAUGACCUCGCUUAUUUGAGCCCCGGACAUUUUCUAAUCGGCACUACCGUAGACAGUUUUCCUUGCCACGAUUUGAGCGACAUAAGCGAAAAUAGGCUCGUUCGUUGGCAACGCGUAGAACAAUUGAGGCAACAUUUCUGGCGACGGUGGAGUUCAGAAUACCUCCACACCUUACAAGCGCGUUCCAAAUGGAAGAUUAGCAAGGGGGAUCAAUUGAAGAUCGGUCAAGUCGUACUAAUAAAACGGCAGGGGUUACCAGGGAGGACAAACUCCUAUCUUGGAAGAGAGGGCAACAGAUUCCCUAGCGCCACCUGGCUCUGUGGCACCAAAAUUGGAAUUAAAAAGGUCACGUGA